CUACAAUUAAAUACAUUUAUUGAGCAUAGCUGUAUUGAGAAAACUCUGCAAUUAUGGCCGCGACAUUGAAGCCCUAUCUGAAUGCAGUUAGGACUACUCUUGAAGCUGCCAUGUGUCUUGAGAACUUCUACUCUCAACGUGUUGAGCGACAUAACAAGCCUGAAGUAGAGAUAAGAUCAUCAAAGGAGGUGCUGUUUACUCCGCUGGAGAUUUGUAGAAACGAAAAAGAGAAAGUCCUCAUUGAGGGAUCGAUCAACUCUCUUCGAAUGAGCAUAGCUAUCAAACAGGCUGAUGAUAUCGAGAAGAUUUUGUGCCACAAAUUCAUGCGGUUCAUGAUGAUGAGAGCCGAGAAUUUCUUCAUUCUCCGAAGGAAGCCUAUCGAGGGCUACGACAUCAGUUUCCUCAUAACAAACUACCACACCGAACAGAUGUACAAACAUAAGCUCGUAGAUUUCGUCAUGGAGUUCAUGACAGAGAUAGAUAAGGAGAUCAGUGAGAUGAAACUUUGUCUCAACGGUCGUGGUCGUAUUUCUGCUGUGGAGUUUUUGAAAAACUUUAACUAGAGAAGAGCGGUGGUGUCGUCUAGACGAACAUGAAAAGGACAUUUAUAAUUGAUUCUAAUUUUUUUAGUUGUGUUACCAAUUUUGUUAUACCUUUUCACGGUUUUUGGUAUACAUUUUCACGGUUUCAGCAUUCUUUUUCGAUGCUAACUCAUAUAUUUCAUUAUAAUUUAGUAAUUGAAAAUAUCUUUGAUCGACACCUUUGCCAUUUCAAUUUUUCUAUUUGACUAAGCGCCAUGCUGUUUCGUAGAUUUUUCGGAUGGGUAGGAUUGUGGUUGUAUCGUAAUCGUGAUAUGUCAAGUAUGUAAUAUGUAUGUUGCUGUAAAUAUUAUAUACGAUUCUGAAUUAUGUUAAAAUGAA